AUGGCGGCGGCGCUUCGACUACAGGCGGCGGCGAGGAUGCUCCAGCGAUCUCCGGCGGAGCAACGGCUCCGGCUGCUGCCACGGCUCUUGCACGGCGCCGGUUCACCGUCGACCCCCUCGGCUGCUGCCGAGAGGCUCUCGUUGGUGCAACUGCACGACAGGCAGCAGGAGCUGUCAGAGGAGCUGUACCCCGUGCUGCUCGAGCUAGACAAGAGAAUACUAGGCAAACACCACAAGGCCACCGGCUUGAUCUUCCACACCAGAUACUCGGAUCUGCUCGGGAUCGUCACCAAGCACGUCGAUCCUAGACCAAACGACUCCAACUGGCGGUGGUUUCGAGCCAAAGUGAUAUUGUCCAAUGGGUGCGCAUGGUUGGUGGGUCUGGGUUUCCUACAUUGCAUGUGCUUCCAUGAUCUGCUUGCGGAAGAAGAAGAAGAAAAUGAUGUAGAUAAAGAGGAGUGAUAAAAUUUCAUAUAUCUCGGUUGGUGUCA